UUAAUCUUUAUCAUAAUGGUGUAAUUUCUUGCACAAAAUAUGGCCCAAAAUGUCCUAAAAAGGCCCAAACAAUAGGGGGUACCCCCUACAAAUAUGAUGACGUCUUGCGUAACUAGACAUUAACACGAGUCAAACGGUACAUAAUACUUUUGAGAAUUUCUCGUACUGGUAAGUCUGGAGGCACGGGACAAAAAUAAUUAUUAAGCAUUCAUAAUUAAUUCGUUUGAACACAAUUCAUUUCAAACGUAUACUACGUUUUUCGCUAUUUUUUUUAAUUUAAACCUUCAUCUCUCAAAGAUGUGACAGAUUAAUUCUGCCUGUCUGAGAAAACCAGUUUUGGAUUCAACACCCUUAAAUCUAUAAACAACAAGUACAAUUUUUGACGGAGCGUAUUUUUUCCAGAACAGUGUAAUAUGUUAAAUGAAUGAACUACUUAUUGCUUGUGUGUACACUGAUAGAUUACAGAGCUCAAAGCAGAUGCAAAUUAAACUAUAAUAAAAGCACGUUAAGUAAUCACAGCGCUAUUUAUUUAGGGCAGCAAGCGGGAUCGCUUACCGGACACCUAAGAAAACAUGUCUAGGUGCCUGUCAGCCUAGCGCAUUUGUGUGUGUGUGUGAUCUUGAAGGUUUUUGCUCUGCCCCGUUAGGGGAGGGAAUAAGGAGCAGCUUAAAUUUCAAGGUGAAUGAACUGUGACACAGAGCGAUUGCACAAGUCAAUUUCCUUAUCCCACAGGUGCUGUUUUGAAGACUUGACAGAUUGUUGGUAUGUUAUGCUCGACAGGAACUACACAUUAGCUUUAGAGGCUGCUGUUUUUCCCCGGUAUGGCAACAGAACUUUUAAAAAACGGGCAGAUGCCGGUGACUGGUGGCACUUCGUCCUUACCCGCAAGGCUUCUAAAUAAGGGCCCGGAAUACCUGCGAAAGCACAUGGAAGUUGAAAGCAGAGGGAAGGUGAGCGCCGUGGAGAGACUGGCAGCGGAUAAAGCCAAGUUCGUUAAGGGCCAACAGCUGCAGCAACAGCAGAUGAUAAUCUCGAAACAGGGGGCUGUCGUCGCAUGCAGUUCAGAUUCAGAGACAAGCAGCGAAUCGUACCCGGCACACGCUAAUUUGAAGAGUACGGAAGAGACGAUGGUGGCAACUGACCCUCCCACGUCAACCGACAACUCAUCCACUAUUGUCAGGCGAAGCAGCUCCAAGAAACAGAGGCCGGACUCUCUGGUCAUGUACCGACAGAAGUGCGAACUAGUCAAAGGCUCCAGCAGUGACUCUUCUAAAGGCAGCCUUGUGCGGAGGCUGUUUCACGGCACACUGAAAGACAACAAGCAAGUGGCUUCACCUGAAGUCCGACCCUCUAAAAACGUCAGGGUGGAACACGCAGUCCACCAGCAAAGUGCAAAAGGGAAGGCUGUCGCCACGACUCCCAAUCAGCCUAGUCCCUGUAAAGCCAGCAACCAAGAGGUAACAGAGACUGUGGUGCAGUCGGAGGCACCCAAAAGAGGGCUCUUCCGAUCGCACUCGGACAUCAGUUCCAGGUACUCCAAAGCCUUCUCGGAAUUUGAGAGCUUCUUCAAAUACUGUGGACUGGACAGCGACGUGAUCGAUGACUUGGGAAAAGAAAACUUCUCGGCAGUAUCCGAUAACGUGUCAUUUAGGCUCCGGAGUGUCAGCGUUGUAACUUCGAAUAGUGGGUUCACAAAGCACAGUGGAGAUAGUGACGGCCUUUUGGAAGAAGAACUCAACGUGAAAACCACAGCUUCCACGGGCACUUCAGCUGUUGAGCGCAACGCGCGCGUCAUCAAAUGGCUGUAUGGCUGUCGGAAUGCUAGGGAGGCCGGCCGCGCGCUGCGCGAACUCGUAUAAAUGCGCGCGUGUGUGUGUGUACUCACCAAGGAGAACCCAGCUUCUCAAGGAGAAGAGAAAGCGGGCUUGUGUUUGAACUGGACGGGCGGUUUGUCGCCGGGUUAACCAACAUGUACCGCAUGCCAAGAUUUUCAAAUAUUGUUUACAGUUUUAUUACAGGUGCUCGCGAAACAUGUGAGUGACUUCCAAAUAAUGACGUACCUUUUAGACACUGCUUGUUGUUGUACGUAGGUAUGUUGGUCGAGGACCAUUUCUAGUUCGAAGUAUUAAAAACUGCGUUUUUUAAUUUA